AGUCAAACUUCUUCAAGCUGAUGUCAGUCUUGUGCCAGUCCUCACAUCGGUGAUUGCGCGCUUAUCUCAAUUAUUCGCGUAGCAAAAAUAUCUCUCAGAAGAGGCUUUUUGCAGGUUGAAUUGCGUAGAAAGUGUUUUGAAAAUAGCAUUGCGAUCUCUUACCUAAAUACGAGUGCAUCAUAUUAAUCAACAAAUUCAGCUUCAGCAUUAUUAUCCUAAACAUUAUUAUUGCAAAAGUUAUUCCUAGAGCUAUCUCUCUUUCAAGAGAUUUAAGCUGGAUUUUCAUUUAAAAAAAAAAUUAAAAGUGUUUCACGACAAAUCCUAAAAGCCAAAGUGUUACCAAACUUACAGUGCUAAAAAUGUGCGAAACCUAAUAAUGGUAUUCUGAAUGAAGGAAAAAGAAUAACAAAGUGCAACAAACUAAACAUUUAUCAUCAACAAUUUUUCGAGACAAAAAACUCUCUGCAGAGUUUCCAGAACUUGGAGGUGAAUGUUACAAAAUUAUCUCCCGGUAUUAAAGUUCGUGGUAAAUUGAUAAAAGUGAUCACAGCGGAAGAAGUGGUGGGAAAGCAGCAAAGAGUUGAUGAAAUAGUAACUAAUUUAGUGAACAUACUGUAGAAAAUGAAGAAUUAUUGUCACCAAGAGAAUGAAGACAAUCUUCUCGGCAUAUCAUCACGGAAGUAGGAGAAUUGCAGGAUAUAUCGCCAUAGUACUUCAUCUUGAGUGAAGAAAAAAUUGGGAUUAUAAAUGACUGUGAGUUGCUGUGCAAGAGGAAGAAUCAGCAGUCUUUUGGAUAUGAGACAAAUAAAGAUGUGGCCCAUCAUCGUACUUCUGCUCCUCCUCACUCCAGACUCAAACGACAGUCUUCGCUUGACAGAAGUCCGAAUACCCAAUCACAUAGUUAGAGAUAGUUUUGCUCGACUUGAAUGUCAUUAUGAUCUGGAUGGGGAGGCCCUGUAUUCAGUGAAGUGGUAUAAAGAUGGAAAUGAAUUCUAUCGAUAUGUUCCGAGGAAUAUGCCUCCAGCCCACGUCUUUACACUGCCCGGAAUCUCAAUAGAUAUUCAUAAUUCCACAGACUCUGUUGUGGUUCUACAAAAUGUGAGCUUGUCAAGUACUGGUAAAUACCGAUGUGAAGUGUCAGCUGAAGCACCCUCAUUUCAAACAGUUACAGAUCAUGGAGACAUGGUUGUCGUAGCACUGCCUGAGGAAGGACCUCGCAUCACGGGUGGACGACCACGAUACCAAAUUGGGGACAUCGUGCGUGUCAAUUGCACAUCGGGUCGCUCUAAGCCGGCAGCCCAUUUGAACUGGUUUAUCAACGGCCAUCAGGCAGACCACUCGUUUAUGCGGAAAUACGAUAACAUUGUCACUGGCCGCGAGGGACUGGAGACGUCGAUACUGGGACUGGAGUUUCGUGUCCGAGUUAAGCAUUUCCGCAGUGGAGACAUGAAGCUGAAAUGUUUGGCGACAAUUGAGGACGUUUACUGGAGGACAAAUGAGGAGAGUGUCGAGGGAGACAAGCCACAGAAGGCGCCGGUGCUGGAAUCCAGGGAGACGGUACCGCCCAGCAAUUCUCGCGCUGAUCGUGUCCAAGCUGGAACGAGUUCAUCACAGAAAAUCCAUCCAGAUCAUCUAGCACUUUUUUGGAUUAUCACACUUGCAUGUCUCGUGAGCAGAACAGCUGGGGGAGACAUCCAUCCGAUGCCACUAAGAUAACUAUGUACUGCAUCAAAUCAUACACCAACUUAUCAAAUUCACAAUUAAACUAUACGAAAGAAAAGCCAUAAAAUGCCAAAGAGAGUUUAUCAAGUAAGUUUUAUAUAACAUACAUGAUAUAAUAAUGUUCUUCUCCAAUUUUAGAUUUAAAAAAAAAUUAAAACAAACAAUUCCUUUCGAAAACAAUUACAAUGAAUUUGACGGGAUUUUAAAUGCGCGAGAAUGACAUUUGUGACAUUUGUGAGAUUGACAUUUCUUUGGAAGGUUGACAAAUCCUUCCAAAUUUUGCUCAUCACUCUCACAAAAGUAAACUGAAUUGUGAUUUUAUGUGGAGGAAUAAGAGAAAAUUUUAUUAGAAGAAACUAACGUCUAGUGAGUAUUUACAAUAAAGAGAAAAAAAUAUGUAUAGAUUCUAAGAAUUAGGUUUAAGGAAAUUAUUAACUCCAUAACCAUAAAUUUUAUGUAAAUUAAUAUUAUUAUUUAAGUUAAAAAUUUGCCCUGACAACUGUUUGUAAAUAUGACUAGAAAUAUUUUAAGGGUUAGUAAACGAUACAUAAUACGCAACAUACAUCGCUUUUGUUUUAUUUACUUUUUUUCUUAUCUGGCUACAUUUAAAGCGAAUCAAACAGAACUCGAGAAAAAGUAAUUUGCAAGUAAAAAUUUUGUAAAUGUUUGUAAUUUUCAAUGAGGAUAUACGCAAUGCUAGAACCCAAUAACUUGGCACGAAAGAACACCUAUUGGCACUUUAAGAAUUUGUGUCAUGUUAGGAACCCUUUCUACACCAUUUGGGAUAUGAAAUUUGAACAUCUUUCCUUAUAGAAAAGGUAGAUUGAUGAAAAACAUCAUAUUUACAUGAAUUUUGUUACAUACACUGAAUAUAUUUCAGUAUUUUGACGUAACUACCAGCAUGUGUUCCCUGCCGAAUAGAUAUUUCUUAGAUCCCAAAUUCGUUAAAGUUUGCAAUUUUGAUUUGCAUUGUUCAUAAUAUAAUGUCUUGACGUUUAUAUAAUGUCUUUCGUUUUUUGACAAAUAGAGUGGAAUCACCACUUUUCGCCACUUAUAUUGAAAUCUCUAUUUUUCGCGAUUUGUAAAAUAAAUGAGCCGCAAAGUUCUCUGUAUUUUUACUACUGCUACAUAUAUAGUCGAAAAAUAUUAAUUAUUCGUUUUGAAUUUACGAUUUUGAGCAUUUUUUAGAGUAAUAUUUUAAGCAAUUGCAUCGAAUCCAAUAUUUCUUACCAAAUAUACUAAAAGUAUCAUCAAAUUUUCAUCAAGCAAAAAAUAUCUUUUUGAAUCAAUAAUUUGUCUAUUGAAUAUUUAAUUACACUUGUGGAAUACAUAAAAUUUGUAUUUAGUUAAUUAAUAAUUCAUUUUAUAUUAUUUUUAUAUAAAAUUGAAGCAUGGCGAAAAGUGGUAAUAUUUUGGAAUGAUUCUACCACCUGUCGCCACCUCUUUUCAAUAGGCGGCGCUAACUUCACUUCUCAGACUGUCAGUUGUCAAAUCUGCAUUGUUUACUUUCAGCAAUAGACCUAUAAUUUGAUUUCUCAAAUAAAAGUGAAGAACAAUCGUUUAAAGUGAGUAAUAAUAAGGUGAUCAUGAGGAAAUAGAAAUGCUGAAUGUAUUCUUUUUAAAACAUUGCCUAAAAUAAUCGAGUUUGGACCUUUUCAAGCGGGUGGCGAGAAGUGGUUACAAAACUGGCGAAAAGUGGUGAAAAGUGGCGACGAAGUGGUUAUUUUUGCAUUGUUAAUAAAAAUUAGUUUAUUAAGUAGUCCAGCGCUAAAUUGAAAUAUAAUAAUUGAAAUAUUUCUUUUUUAGGAUUUUUUACGAGCAUUUCGGAAAUGACUAGAGAAAACAGAUAUUAACAAAAAAAAUUGAAUAAUCAUUAUCUGUGCAAUGAGCAGUGCACAAUAACUUUUGAUUGUAAAUAUGUUUUCGAAAUUGCCUAUGAGAGCAAGUGAGAUGACUAGAUCUAAAUCUCGUUCACUCUCCACUCACUAAAAUGUCAAAAACAUGUUUACAAAAUAAGAUUUAUUGAUGUUUUGAGUGAAUGACGGAGAUGACUAUAGAAGUAGAAUUACCUCGCUCAAAUCUUAUUUCCAAAAUAUUGUUUCAAAACAAAUUUUUUGCACGUACUCCUCAAUGUGAUACAGCAUUCACAUAUUUUUAACAAAACAAAAGUUGUAUGUUGUGUAAAAUGAUAGCGCGAUAAAAUUUCAGCCUUGUAAAUAUGAAUUUGACAUCUCAUGUUUACAAUGACAUCAGCAAUUGUGCGAAAGCCAUAAGAGCAAGUACCGUGCAAAAUCCGCGGAAAAUAUCAUUUCGAAUGUGGUGAAAAUAUCUAAAACAAAAAAAAAAUAAAAAAAGAAAUCUGUAUAUUAAUAAAAGUUUUUAUGUAUAAAUGUAUAUGAUACAAAAGAUGAAGAAAUUAUCGACGAAUAAUUAAGCUGAAUUCCAUUUGAGUCAAAUAAAACAAUCUUUAAUUGCUUUUCUGUUUUGCAUUCUCUGGUCAUUCCUUUUGGGAGCAAAAUGCAACAAAAGGCGUAACUUUAUGAAUGAUUGCAUAGUUAGUGGUAAUAAAAUACUAAUUUAUCAAACUUUCCAUUAGAUUUAAGUUGAGUAAAAUUGAAGGGAGUGACUUUAUUAUUGAAAUUGGCCCACCUUCGUAAUAAUCAAAGUUUAAUUUAUUUUCAAUACACAACGCAUUUGAAUUAUUUUCACAAUAAGGUUCUCAAUCGAAUGGAAAUAGCCUGAUAUUUUUAUAUUAGAAAAAAAAAGAGAAAUUAGUGAGAUAUUUUUUUCUCGUAACUCGAAUAGAUUGAAAUAUUGAUGCGAAAAUUCUAGAGAUGAUUAUAGAUAAAAGGAAAUAGUUUAAAAAUUCUAUUGUAGAUAAUUAAAAUGAAGAGUAACGUUAAAAUUGAUCUUAUGUAAAAAGUGACAUAAAAUGAGAGAAAUUUCAGUCAAUGUACGUAACUAAUAUAUCACUUAAGAUGACAAUUUAUUAUACAUAACAUACAUAUAUCAAUGAACUAUGUGAAUCUAAUGUCAAUUUUAUCAAACUUUUCAUAAAUUGACAUAUUUUUGUUCUUGCUGACAUUCUUCGGAAGGAUUUUCAGAAGAAGUUGUACGGAGAACUUGUAUCGAAAACGCUACAUUUCAAAAAUUAUAUUUGAUAUUUCAAAAGAAGUACAAAGAAAACGAAAUUUAUAUCAUUUCUAUAAGGAAUCUGGAUGAUUAACUUGUGGUACGAAAAUGGUUUUAUUUAGAAUAUAUUGUCAAGCAUAAGAGUAUAAUCCCGUAGACACACUUACGACUUAAGCCUAGAUAGAGCUUAACGUAAUUAAUUAAUUAAAAUAUUGAUUUGACUAAAUUCGGAUCAGUUUUCCAUUAAUUAAGCCGUUUUUUGGGCUUAAGCCGAGAGACGGAUUAGUCAGAGAAACUGAUGGAAAUGUAAUCUGGUCUAGGCCAUAAGUGGGAUCUCCAUUCUUAAAGUCUUACUUAAAUUUGAUCAAUUUUAAAUGGUCAGUUAAAGCAUUAAACUUUACGCAAAAUGAAUCUAAUUUAUGUAAUAUUAAAAAUCUAUUAUGAUGUGAUGAUGGAGAAAGCAAAAUAAUCCUUUCUUUCCUUAGGCCAAAUUUACUUGGUGAUUUCAUUUUUUUAGAGUCUUUGAUUGAACAAUAAUCGAUUUAUUAUUUCUACUGACCCAAUUUUCUUAUUUUCUCUUCAAAAAAAAAUUUUUUUUUGAUAGAAUACAGAUAGUAGUAGUAGUAGUACAAGUAAAUCAAGGAGAUGAACUCCUUCCGAAUAAAUUUUAUUAUUUUAUUUAAUAAACUUAACAAAUUUGAUCCUUUUAUUAACCAUAUUAUUUUUUUACUGCAAAUGUUGCAAUGUUGCAAUGAGAUAUACUUCGGUCGAGGCAGAACUCCUUCUUCAACCCUGUUCAGUAUCCCAAAUUUUGAACAAAGAAUACAGUGAAAUAAGAUAGCGGUUACUAUAUAAAGUAUGUUUAUAAAUUUAAUUUCAAAAAACAGUUUAAAAUAGUAGUAAUUGUGAAAAAAUAAUGAUAUGAAGAUUAUUUAAAUAAUCCGAGGAAUUGUUCUCUAUUAAUAUCACGACCGAGCCAUCAACUCGUUUAUCCCAGAAUUUGCGGUAUAAAAUUGUUCUUGUCACCGGUGUUGCUAACGUCUUUAAAUGGCUAACCCCUGCGCAACCGAAACGCCCUCAGUGAUACGGAUUUCAGACCUUAAACUUAUGCCGGCUUCAGACUGGAGGCUUAACCCAGUUCCCGAAGGUCUCAAAAACCUGAAUAACAAGCAAUUUUAUUGAUUUUUCAAAAUCUAUUGGAUCAUUUGCCCUUAUUAUCCAAUUCCAAAUAACAAUUUCCGAAAAAAAAAUCGUGCCUGAUGAGGAAUUAGAGGAGUUAAGCCAGAUGGCUAAACCUUAGGUCUGAAGCCCAUAUUAGCCAUAUGGCUUAAAUCCUCUAAUUCCUUAUCAGGCAAGAUUUUGAUUGGAUAUUAAGGAUCCAAUCAAAACGGAUUGGAUAUUUAGGGCAAAUUAUCCAUUAGAUUUUGAAAAAUCAACAAAAUUGUUUGUUAUUUAGAUUUUUGAGGCUUUCCGGAACUGGGCUAUACCUCCAGUCUGAAGCCGGUAUAACGGUUCAUGAAGGUUUGAAAGGAAUAGACAUGCACAUAGCCCUCCUCUUCAAAACGUCACACCUAAAAUAGGCUACUAAAAUGGGAUAGAAUCGUUUUCCCAUGCCUCGUGGACUCAAGUGCAGUGAAGUUUAUUGAAUACAAUUCUACACCUUUAUCGUCAGAAAAUUUCUGACAAAUACUAAAAUUUUGAAAAAUUCUAAUGGGUAUUCAAACCAGGAACAUUUGCAUCAUAGAGCAAGUGCUCUACUACUUGACCUAGUGAGUGCCCAGAACAUUUUGGAGUUUGCACAAAUAAAUUAUUAUUUUGUAAACAUUUUUUUGCUAAGCAAAAGUUAUUGUUCUAAUCGAAGAUAAACCGAAGAUAUUAAGAAUAAGGAGGAACAGCGUCAUACUCAUAUCCUUGGCAAUAAUUUAUAAGUUAAGAACAUUUUUCACUACUUUUUAUUCAGUAAAAAAACAUUCUUUUUAAAUCAAUCAAAUUAGUAACUCCAUAAAAAAAUAAUUAAAUAUACUUUUGAAUUCCAGAAACAAACAAAAAAAUAAUCAUCCAGUCCUUCAAGGCUUACUAAUACAUUAUACUAACAAUUGGGCAAGAAAUGACAAAAAUCCCACAAUGAUAUAUCACUUUCACUAAUAGUUUUAUGACAAAAAAAAAACAAAAUAUCUGUGUAACUGAAACAUAUUGAAUGAAAAACCAUCAAUGUGCUGUUUAAGAUUGAAAGAAAUAUCGCUAUCAAAUUUUUCAAGUGAUUUUUAAUUUAGGACUUUCGAAAGAAACUUGAAUUUUUAAUAACUUUUGUUAUGUAAACAUGUUUUUAAGAACUACAUUUCACUCUGUCUUGAUGAAAUGUCUCAUAUUUGUUUGCAAGACAAAAAUUAUGAAAUGAUUGUACGUUGCGCAUAAAGUUUUUUUUGGGUAUGAAAACAAGUGUUAUUUUGCUCUAAUACGUUAGAGAAAUGAGAAUGGUGUAGAUUUGCCCGAAUUAAAAGAUAUUCCAAAGUGCCGCAAAAUUUGUGACAGAACUUAUCCUUUGAAUCCUAAAUGCUUCGAAAAAAAAGUUUUACACAAAAAAAGCUCUAUGCGCAGCCCUAUUUCAUGUAGGUAUAUAACAUUUCAAUUUGAAUAUUUUUUCAUCAUAACUUUAAUUUCAAUAGAAUGGAGCUAAAGGCGUUUUUUAUUGAAAUUUCAUGAUACAAAUUCCCAACAAACAGAAUAUUUUCACAGAUAAAUUAAAACUCAUAUAGAUAAAAAAAAAAUUGUUAUGAUUAAAAAUAAUACAUGAAAAUACACACUAGAAUAUAAAUAUAGAUCAUCGAUGAGGCAGAAAAUUUGCUGAUAAUGUAAAUACUAUUCAACAACAAAAAAAUAAAUUACAUUUUGAAGGGAAUGGAAUCUUUAAUGAGGAAUGAUAUUAAAUUUUUUUGUGAAAAAAAAGAAUAAAUACGCACUGUAUAAUUGAACGGAAUUAUUUACCAACAAGAAAUUGCUAUAUAAUUUUUUAUUCAAUAAAAAUUCAUUAAAUAAA